AUGACUCGAACUCAACAAACUCGAGGAGUACAACAUACGACAGUCACGAAUUCUAUUUGCGCAUCAACCUAUGACGAUCUCGACGAAGAUAUCGACGGAAAUGGGAUUGAAAAUGAUCAAACAAUGGAUGAAGGUCAGGUUGAACACGAUGUAUCAAUGAAUGACGAAGAAGAAGUAGAAGAAGAAGAAAUCAAUGAUGGUAUUGGUGCCGGUGAUGGCGGUACUGAUAAUGCCCGGAAAGGUGCAAAGAAGUUGAAAUCAAAUGUAUGGCAGUAUGCAGAAAAGCUUAAAAAUGGAAUGGCCAAAUGUUUAAAAUGCAAAGCACGUAUUAAGACCACCAAUGGUGCAACAUCUACCUUAAGAAAACAUUUGAUAAAAGAACAUCGUCUAACGCAUUUAACUUUAUCACCUGCUUCACGUCCAAAACCAACUUCGAAUAACUCAAUUACUCGAGAAAAGAAGAAUCGUUUGGAUUAUUUAGCAACUGUGGCCAUCAUCGAGGAUGGUCGGACAUUUGGCGAUCUUCGUAAAAGUGGGAUAACGAAGUUUUUAGAUGAAGCAAUAUCAGAUGGAGCCAAUAACGAUUUAAUAACUGAUGGUUGGUCAGAUGACGUUAUGACUGCUGAUUCGAAUGAUAUCGAUAACAACAAUAAUAAUAACAAUAAGUUUCAUAUUACCAAAGACAGUUUGGCUAUGACUAUACACAAAUGCCGGUCAUUAACCCAAAUGACACGUGGUACACAACAUUUGUCCAAAUAUGUCAAUUAUCAAAGGGAAUUAUUAGGAAUCAAGUCACGUCGAUUGAGUAAUGAUUGUAUUACUCGUUGGAAUUCAACAUAUAUUUCACUUUUAUCCAUUGUACAGCACAAACAGGUAUUGAUAAACCUGAUCGAAAAUCGGAACAAAUUGCCAUUAACAUCAGCACAGAAAGAAAAAUUAUCCUUACUUGAAUUGACGAGCAAUGAUUGGAUAAUUAUCAACGAAUUAGUCCAUUUAUUGGAACCUAUUUAUAAUGCUACAGAGUACUUAUCUGGUUCGAAAUACCCAACGAUCGGCUUGACUUUAUUUACUCUACGUGGUAUUAAAGAAUUUUUAGAAGAUGAUGAUUAUGAUGAUAAAACAGAUGUGUUUAUCAUUUUGAAAAAUUAUUUUCUCGAUGCAUUCAACGUUUACUUUAAUGAAAACGAUGAUCAGUACAAUCUUUUAACAGUGCGUAUUCCAGGUUGA